CUCGCUGCACGGUUUGGUUCCCCCUUCUGAAACUUCCUUCGUAAUCUUCCUCAAAUCUCGUCAAUUUUCCACUCCUCCUUCUUCCUCUCUCUCUCUCUCUCUCUAGAACCAGAUGAACAUUUUCUAGGGUUUUAGCUUCCACCCUCACAACCGCUUCAAAUUCCACGAUUUCUCGAUUCUCCUUCUAGGGUUUCGUUUCCAUGGCUGAAUGGCAAUCGCUCUUGCAAUCCAUUAUCGUCGGUCUCAUUUUCUCUUACCUUCUCGCGAAGCUAAUCUCCAUCGUGGUUUCAUUCAAGGAGGAUAAUCUCACCAUCACACGGGCUGCGGCGGAGCCUGAUGACGCCGCCGCCGCCAAGCAACACGACGACGCCGUUUCAGCUUCCGAUGCCGCCGCGGCGCAACGCUCUGAGCUUGAGUCGGUGAUGGCUGAGCAGGGUAGCGUGAGGAAUGAGAGCCUUGAUGGCGGUGACGAUGAUUACGAGGAUGAUUGGGAAGGGGUGGAGAGUACGGAAUUGGAUGAGGCGUUUAGUGCUGCUACGGCGUUUGUUGCUGCUGCCGCCGCUGAUCGGCUCUCGCAGAAGGUUUCUAAUGAUGUGCAGCUGCAGCUUUAUGGGUUGUAUAAGAUUGCCACGGAGGGUCCCUGUAGCACGCAGCAGCCUUCGCCUAUCAAACUCACCGCUCGAGCUAAAUGGCAAGCGUGGCAGAAAUUGGGUGCUAUGCCUCCUGAAGAUGCAAUGCAGAAGUACAUUGAUAUUGUGACUGAACUAUAUCCUACUUGGCUUGAUGGUUCUUCUUUGAGGAGCAAAACUAGUGAUGGUGAUGGGCAUAGUUCAGAUGCUAAGGGACCAAUGGGGCCAGUGUUCAGCUCUUUCGUUUAUGAAGAGGAAUGUGGCAGUGACUCUAAAAUGGAUGCCAUUCAUGGAUUUGCUAGGGAAGGAGAUAUGGCUAAUCUGCUCAAGUGCAUCGAAGAUGGUGUUUCAGUGAAUGUGAAAGACAGUGAGGGCCGGACACCAUUGCACUGGGCUGUGGAUCGGGGCCACCUUGAUGUCACCGAGCUGCUUCUUGGCAGGAACGCUGAUGUAAAUGCCAAGGAUAAUGAUGGACAAGCUCCACUGCACUAUGCUGUUACAUGUGAGAGAGAAGCCAUAGCUGAGUAUUUAGUGAAGCAUAAAGCAGAUACAGAUUUAAAGGAUAAUGAUGGGAGUUCCCCGCGUGACAUCUGUACGUCAAACUGGCCGUGCAUGCAGCAGGUGGGGGAAGUAUAUUGAUUGUUAGCUUUCUUUGUUGCUGCUUUUGGCUAAUAUAACCCUACCCAAAUGCCUUCAGGAUAUGUACUUGUGGAUAUAACUCAAUUUUUUGCCCUUAGUCUUGUUAAUACACCCUUUUCAGUGUAGUUUACGCCUAUGCACUGCUUAGGUUAUGGUUAAUCAAGUAUAUUUCGUUCUAUUA